AUGUUUGUUUCCAAAAGUGUUCACAGUAAUCAUGCCGAUCUCAUCCACGACGUGGCCUAUGACUAUUAUGGUAGAAGGAUGGCAACGUGCAGCAGCGAUCAGAUGAUAAAGAUCUGGGACCUUCGUGAUGACCAAGAAUGGGAGUGCACGGCAAGGUGGCGAUAUCAUCUCGGUUCUGUGUGGCGUGUCUGUUGGGCCCAUCCGGAGUUUGGGCAGAUCAUCGCCACGUGUUCGUUCGACCGAACCAUUGCGAUCUGGGAAGAAAUCAUGGGAUACUUGGAUGAAAUGUGGCGUCAAGCAUUGUUCAAAUUUAUUUCCCAGGAGGUUGCCAGUACCGCGAGCGCAGGGGGCGAUCCGUCGACUAGCUCUGAUCCCCAACAAACCGCGGGUUCCACGGGCACUUCCAACACCCGUGGAGGUGUGUGGAUUCGUCGAGCGCAUUUAGUGGAUCCACGCAACUCCGUUACUGGACUCAUGUUCGCACCGCGCUUUCUUGGACUCCAGCUUGCUGCCAUUUCCACGGAUGGUGUUCUUCUUGUGUACGAGGCUCAGGAUGUUAUGAACUUGUGCCAAUGGACUGUUCAGUGCGAUUUUGCAACCAAGAUGGCCGGUUCCUGCUUGGCGUGGUCACAAUCGCGACUAGACCCACCCUUAAUCGCUGCAGGGAGCGCUUCGCUUAUCGACAGUCACCAGCGUACUCAAGGCGAUCUUGGGGAGUUAAGUGGCAGUCACCCGGCCUCCCACGAGUCUGGUGCCGCCUCCAACCACGGAAAGCUGGUUCUGCUCGAGUACAACGAAGGUUCACGUCGAUGGAACCUCGUACAGGAUGUCGUCGGCAUCAAGGACUUCGUCUAUGAUGUUGCUUUUGCACCCAGCAUGGGGCAGUCCUACCAAACCUUAGCUGUUGGUUCAGAUGUUCUGAUGAUUCUAUGCGUAAAGUCCGUUGGUGCUCCCCAAGCCUGUCAGUUGGAUAAAAACGUGUUACUUAAAUCUUGGAACGAAGGCAAACUCUCUGGAACGUACAAUGUUUCUGUGAUGGCCCGUUUUGAUCAACAUGGUGGACGUGUUUCACGAGUAGCCUGGAACUUUCAAGGUAACAUUCUGGCCUCGGCUGGCGACGAUGGAACGGUUCGCCUAUGGUGCUCCAAUUACCUCAAGACCUGGUUCCCUUUCUCAGUCAUCCGCCCGGGCGAGGCCAGUUUGCCGAUAUCGCCGUCCAGCUUCGGUGCCGCAGCCGCCCUCAGCCAGCGCCAGGCGGCUCAGCGCGCCGCCGCCCCGCCCUCCCUCGCGCCCUCGGCAUCGGCCUCUCUUCUUCGCGAAGGCGCCGCCGCCGUCGCCGACGGGCACACAACUGGCCAACUCACAGCUGUUGCCUCCGAUGUGUCGGUUCAGUCUGCGGCUUCUGCUGGUAAGCCUGCUUAUCUGUGCUCUUUCGUCACCAACAUCGGAGACAUGCCUUGCUUACACGCACCUUCAGAAACCAUGGUAAGCAGUAGUCUUCACAAACGAGUAGCGACGGAGGAACUAAGACAGAACACAAAGAUGGCGAUUCAGAUGUCGCCGGGUAAGCGCCCUGCUCCCCGCCGUCCCAGUCCCGUAACUGGGCCCCCCUCUAGUCGUUGUCCCUUUCGCCCUGUUUGCGGCGCCAAGCAAAGCACCGCCUUACCCGGACGGCGAAUCUCUGGGCUUGACCCGCCCCUGAAGACUCUUUGUGUCUCCCCCCGCACCCAACACUGUGCGCGCGACCGCGGUGUGCCUGGGGGAACAUUUGAGGUAGGAGGCCCGCCAAAGGAGUCUCGACGUGGCCUGGCCUUUCCGCGCGUGCGCAGUUGUCGCUACAUCUCGAAUGCCGCCUACGUUCGGUUACAAAAGUAG